GAGGAGGGGGUUGUUUCGGGGCAAGGUGGUUGAAGAUUGAGGAAGAGAGAGAGAGAGACCCACGCAGAGUUGCCGGCGUCCUGACAGUGUGUUGCAGCAGAGAAUAGGAGAGGCAGGCUGUGGGAUCCUUCAGGGGAGCAUCUCACAGACAACCAUCACCACACGGCUGUGCAUGCUCUGAUGAGUACCUUGUCUGCCGGCUCAGAGAUGCAGACUCCCGCUCUCUGCCCCCAGUUCAUUGCGGGGCCCCAGGCUAAGGUACCUGGCAGGAAGAGGGGACGGCCACCAAUCCGUAAACUGGAGUUCCAAAGUCACUAUGUUGAGCCUCUGUCGCCUCCCAAGGUCCCAAAGAAGAGAGGCAGAAAACCCGGCUUUAAGCUGAAGCCCAGGAUGGUGAUGUCCCCACUAGCUAACUCUCCUCCCAGCAGCACACCAGAGCCUGAGAUGGGCUCCAUCCCACAGGAUGCUGCCAUUGUCCCCCACUCUGCCACACCUCAAGUGCUAACAGCAGAGACGUCGAUGCUUGAUGACUUCUUAUGUGACCCGCCAGUGGACUCCAAACGCUACGCUGUAGACCCUAAUGACUCUGCCUUCAAUGUCAUGACAUCACAGUACCCACCGAAGCACUCUUACAGUUACCGUGGCAGCAGUUGCUCUACCCCAAUGGGCUUGUGUAGACAAGCGUCGAGCCCAGGAAGCUUCCAGGAAGCAAACAGGAAUGCUUACAGUCCGAUGCCAGACUCUGGAGAGUGCAAGCGUCCUACUGGGAAGGACCCAUCCAGCUGGGGAGUUGAGGAGGUUGUUUGGUUCAUCAAAGAUGCUGACCCCCAAGCCCUGGGUCCCCACGCUGAUACAUUCAGGAAGCAUGAAAUAGACGGAGAUGCUCUGCUCUUGCUGAAAAGUGAGAUGAUGAUGAAGUAUCUGGGACUUAAGCUGGGACCUGCGCUCAAACUCUGUUACCACAUCGAAAGGCUUAAACAAAAUCGGUUGUGAUUUGCUGCGGAGGAGCCAAACCUCUGCUCACCUUCCACUGAAACUGUUUCACUGCUGAUUCUCUCAACUGUUCUCAACCAUCAGCAAUACAUCAUGAACACGUCUGGAUCCGGAUUUUGAUGACAAAUUGGACAUGUUGACAGUACGCAUUCAGACUAUUUGCAGCUGAAGCAAUUAUUUCAUUUCCAUCAUUGUUUACUGGGUAUCUGAAUGGCUUGAGAUUGUUAAUAGUUCGGCUCCACAUACUGUAGAUGGCAGCUUCUGUAUAUUGAAAUGCGAUCCGUCCACUCUUCAGUCUGCAUCUGUCUCGCAACAGCAUGAAUAUGUGCAGAUCUUAAUCAUGGACAGGGUGCCAACACCUAUGAAGACUUACAGACAGGGAACUUACCAAACUUGUAUGGUGCUUUACCUCAAUAUCAUUUAAAUGUAAAUGAGUCUUUGGGUUAAGCCACAAAGCUGCUGCAGUUUUAAAAUAAUAGUUUUGUUAGUUUUGUUGUAAACUGAUGAUCAUGUUGACCCAGGUAUGACUUGUCUUAGACAGAAACUGUAACUAACGACCAAUCUCUCAAACUCUUCAGCAAGAAUUUAAGGCUUUAGAUUUUUUUUUAGAAAUAUUAACACAUGAAAAAAGCUGCUGAAAAAAACAAGUGAUGUAACUCACACUCAAAAAAAGUGAAAGAAACAUGAAGAUUUUUACCACAAACCACAGCACAGCACAAUAGUGAAGCAAGGUGCAUGUAAUCAUGCAGCACUCAUAGGGACAGGAAGGAAAGGAGACAAAGACACUGUUUUUUUUUUACCAUGUUCUCAUGAAUUGUGUUACACUGGUGUGGUGUGAGAGAAAGCAACAUGUAGCAAACUCAGACAGUACAACUUGGUGCUCACUAAAACCGUUACUGCCACUACAACGCUUUA